AUGGCCGUCCCCAAUAGAGGUCCCGAGCUGCUCGCAGUCAACAUUGCCUUUGUUACCACGGCCGUCUUGGCCUGCCUGCUGAGGUGCUUUGUCCGCGUCCGAAUGGUCAAGGCCUUUGGUCUCGAUGACUGGCUCAUGGUUGUUGCAACCCUCUUCUUCGUAGCCUAUACAACGUCUUCUUGCAUAGGCAUUAGCCAUGGAACAGGCCGCCACCACCACGAUCUCCCCAUCGAGGGUGUCCAGAAUGCAAAACACGCCUGGUACUUCUGUUAUCUGUUCUACUCCACCUCCAUGAUCUGCUCCAAAAUGUCCAUCGGCUUCCUUUUACUGCGCAUCAGCAUCCGGAAACUCCACACUUGGAUCAUCUACGCUGCCAUGCUCGUCUCGGUUGUUGCCGGAAGUACCUUUUUCUUUGUCUGCCUCUUCCAAUGCUACCCCAUUUCGUACAUGUGGGAUCGCACUUCGCAACAAGGAAAGUGCAUCGACAAUACCGUCAUCACUGCCCUCGGCUACGUCUAUAGCAUCUUCUCCAUCAUUUCCGACUUUACUUUUGCUAUCAUCCCUGGAUUCCUGGUCUGGCAUCUGCAGUUGAAGAGGAGGGCAAAGAUUGCACUGAUUCCCUUGAUCACUAUGGGCUGCAUCGCAAGCGCUGCCGUCAUCGCACGCCUGCCCUUUGUCCACUUCUUCAACUCACCCGACUUCCUUUGGUCCACGCUUGACAUUGCCAUCUGGUCUUCUGUCGAACAAGGUCUCGCCAUCACUGCCGGCAGUCUUGCAACACUCCGCCCACUCUUCUUCAUUGCCAUGUCCAAGCUCGGCCUAUCAACCCGCAACCCAUCCGCCUAUCGCCCUUCAGCCUACGCCAUGUCAGCUCCGCUUCCAGCAAACGCCGCCGCCUCUGGUACAACGUCAAAGGCUGAUAAGCUCCGACCGGACAUGUACAAGCUCUCCGCCACUGUUCAAACCCGCACCUCGGAGGAUGGAAUUAUGCAAACUGGAAGCAAGUCAAAAUCGCCCCAGUGGUUCCCAAAUGCUCCGCCCAACUCCAAGAAGAGCACUCGUGUUGACAAUUCGGAUAAUGACAGCGAGCAAAGCCUGAGGAACAAGAGCUCACGAAGCAGCACAGAGGACAUCUUCUCUAAUGGUAUCAUGGUAUCGAAGUCAUUCUACAUUACGGACGAGGAAAGGGGAUCCGUCAUAUCUGCGCCCUACAGAUAG